CGAGCGCGGAGCCGGGCGCGCUGUGGCGGAGCCGGGGCCGGGCCGGGACCAUGGGCGGCCUUUGCCCCGCAGCCUCCGGUGGGUGCCUCCCUUCACCCGCGCUGCGUCCUGCUUCUCCACCUCCAGCCCCGCACCUCGCCUGCCUCCAUCCGCGGUCCCGCCCCUCCAGCCCGCUCCUGCCCGGCCCCCGCACUCCUGCCGCCUGAUUCCUGCCGGAACUGGAGCUCGCAGGAUCCCCCUUCCCCGGCCGUGGCGAGCCAGCUGGUCUCCAGAAGUCCCGCGGGUGAACCCGAGUGUGGAGCAGGCAGUGCCCAGCCAGCCUCACAGACGUGACGUGACUGCGGACGGAGCUUGGCAACAACUCCUCCUCGGAGGUGUUGGUGCCCCGUCAGGACAUCUGUGCGAAGAGGAUCUAAAGCAGGUGGUUUGAAAAGCCUCGUGUUCCCUGGAGAGAGGUGGAGAUGCAGGGUGACAGCCAGAAAGCCAGUGCAUGAACCUGCCCCAUCCCUUCUCCUGGCUUUCAGAGGAGGGAGGAAGCAGCAGAGUGAACUGACAGAAGAUGAGUAGGAUGUGUUCCUGAUUCGAGGUGAAACCAUGAAGAGAAGAUAAAACAAAUAAUAAUGCUUUUCCGCAAUCGCUUCGUGCUGCUGCUGGCCCUGGCUGCGCUGCUGGCCUUCGUGAGCCUCAGCCUUCAGUUCUUCCACCUGAUCCCAGUGUCGGCAGCUAAGAAUGGAGUCACUGGCAAGAAUCGAAAGAGGAUCAUGCCUGACCCGGUGACGGAGCCCCCCGUGACGGACCCCGUUUACGAAGCCCUUUUGUACUGCAACAUUCCACGUGUGGCCGAGCGCAGCAUGGAAGGUCACGCUCCGCAUCAUUUUAAGCUGGUCUCAGUGCAUGUGUUCAUUCGACACGGGGACAGGUACCCACUGUAUGUCAUUCCCAAAACGAAGCGCCCAGAAAUUGACUGCACUCUGGUGGCUAACAGGAAACCGUAUCACCCUAAACUGGAGGCUUUCGUGAGUCACAUGUCCAAAGGAUCUGGAGCCUCUUUCGAAAGCCCCCUGCACUCCCUGCCUCUUUUUCCCAGCCACCAGCUGUGUGAGAUGGGAGAGCUCACACAGACAGGGGUUGUGCAGCAUCUGCAGAAUGGCCAGCUGCUGAGGGACGUCUACCUGAAGAAACACAGACUCCUGCCCAGUGACUGGUCCACAGAGCAGCUUCGCUUAGAGACCACUGGCAAAAGCCGGACGCUGCAGAGUGGGCUGGCUCUGCUUUAUGGCUUUCUCCCAGAUUUUGACUGGAAGAAGAUUUAUUUCCGGCACCAGCCCAGCGCUCUGUUCUGCUCCGGGAACUGCUACUGCCCGCUGAGGAACCAGUACCUAGAAAAGGAGCAGCGUCGGCAGUACCUGUUGCGUUUGAAAAACAGGCAGCUGGAGAGGACCUACGAGGAGAUGGCCAGGAUCGUGGACACCUCCACCAAGCAGCUCCGGGCCGCCAACCCCAUAGACGCCAUGCUCUGCCUCUUCUGCCACAACGUCAGCUUCCCCUGCACCAGGAAUGGCUGUGUUAACAUGGAGCACUUCAAGGUGAUCAAGAGGCAUCAGAUAGAGGACGAGAGCGAGAGGCGGGAGAAGAAACUGUAUCUGGGGUACGCGCUCCUGGGCGCCCACCCCAUCCUGAACCAGACCGUGGGCCGCAUGCGGCGCGCGGCAGAGGGCCGGAAGGAAGAGCUCUUUGCUCUCUCCUCUGCUCACGACGUCACUCUGGCCCCGAUUCUCAGUGCCUUGGGCCUUACAGAAGCCAGGUUCCCGAGGUUCGCGGCCAGGUUGAUCUUUGAGCUCUGGCAAGACAGAGAGAAGCCCGGCGAGCACUCCGUCCGGAUUCUCUACGACGGUGUCGAUGUCACGUUCCACACCUCGUUCUGCCAGGAUCACCACAAGCGGUCUCCCAAGCCCAUGUGCCCCCUCGAAAACUUCGUCCGCUUUGUCAAAAGGGACAUGUUCGUGGCCCUGGGUAGUGGUAGCACUAAUUAUUUUGACGCGUGUCACAGGGAAGGAUCCUAAAAGGUACGUGGUGCGGCGCUAACAGAAUCUAUGCCAAUACAGAGGGAUGGGAAAGGUCCACUUCUAGUUCUUUUGGUUGCUAAGGGUACAAGGUGAUUUUUAAAGGCCGGAAAUCAUGCUUGGGGGCCACAUAGAUUUAGGGUUGAACAGUGAAUAUGUUGCUGUAAUUGGGUACUUGAGUUACUUGGUACACAAUGGCCAGUUCACAGAGAAAGGAAGGUACUUUAUCAUAGCCAGACUUUGCUUAGGAUGCCAGAACAAUGCGGCAGUACCCAAAGCUGCUAGUCCACAUACGUGUUCUUCUGAUCUGCCUUGGUACUGUAUGAUGGAACCAGCAAACCUCAGCCAGAAGCUUCUUCAUCUGGGACAGUCUUACCUUGUCCUUGUUCAGUGAACAAUUUCCUGAAGUGAUUUAUCUAAAAUAGGAGUAGGCAAACUUUUUCUGUAAAGGGCCAAAUAGUAAAUAUUGUAGACCUUGUGGACCCAAAGGCCACAUAUAGCAUCUGUCACAGCUACUCGGUUCUGCUCUUGUAACUUGAAAGCAGCGACAGACAGCAUGUGAAUGAAUAAGCAUGGCUGUGUUCCUAGGCCGCACAGAACAGGCACUGGGCCAGGUGUGGCCCGAGGGCUGUAGUUUGCUGAUCCCUGUUCUAAAAGCUAGGCUCUACUACAAUUGCACUUUCAGCACUUUGCGAGAGAACCAGUUGAAUACCCAGAAUUAUUCAGUGGUGCCUCCAGUAACUUCUGCUAGAAACACAGAAUCUGGUCUGUAUCCGACAUUAUAACACAACUUGAGGGGAAAUAAACAUUGAGUCAAAAUGAAUCAUAGAAAAAUUAUUAGAAUAUUCCUUGAUGUUCAUGAUGAUGAUGGUAUAAGAUAGUUCUGAGUAUGUCUUAAAUAUUUGUCUGCUGUAGUCUAUUUGCUGUACAUGCUGAAAUUUUUGUAUUCCAUUUAGUAUUUUUAUAGUCUAGGGAAAUAUUUUCUAAGACGAGUUUUAGAUGUGCUCUGAUUCCUCUGAAAUAUUCAGUUUACUGUAUCUGCCUGGGGCUUAGAAGGGAGCCAGAAGCUGAAUUCAGGCACUUUCUUCCAGUAAAACUAAUUAUGGCUCAUUGCCUUCGACGAGCAGUAGAAUUGGAUCGAUUUUUAAACCAUUUUCGUGUUUCAAAUGGUACAUUGAAUUGAGUUUUAAAUAAGUUUUUGGAAGAAGUUUGUUACUAGAUAAAUAAUCUUUAUAAGGUAUUUUAUAUAUUAGAAGCAAUUAUAAUUAAGUCUGUGAUUUCUGACUAAAAUGGUGCUAGUUCUGUGCAAAGAAAUAUAAAGUGAGAUUCCCCGAUGUCGCUGGUAUUCCAGCCUUUUCUGUUUGGUUUUUGUCCAGUGUUGCAUUUGACUACAUCCGUUUCUAUUAAUAAAUUUUUGAAGAUUACUCGUA